AUAAAAGAUGGGCUUCAGCCAACGAAGAUCACAGAUUACAGAUUACAGCACAACAGUAGAACAUAAUGUUGGCGCAAGUACUUCGCGGCAUCAUCUUCUUCACUGCGGUUGUCUCGCUGCUAGCAGUGAGUGCCGAGGAAGAAAAGCUUGAGAAGCUCGACGCAGAAUUCGAUGCGACGAAAAAUGGCGGCAAGGUUGAAGAAGCCGAGACGCCAUCUUUCGACAAUGCAGUGGACAUACAAGAAGAUAUAGCGAAAAGGUCGCCCCAGUUCAGACCAAGACCUUAUCUACCCCCGGGCAAGUGCCCAUACGGCAUGCGCAAGAGCCCUCGCUGUUGCGGUGGUAAAUGGAUCGACAAUCCUUUUGUCAAAAAGUGCUGUCGUGGCCGCAUCAUUUUGACGAGCCUUGCCCCAUUCUGCAAACGCAUGUCAAAAUGUGGUCGUUACUCGCUGUACAACCGUAAAUAUCAGAGAUGCUGUAAAGGCCAAGUGAUUCCCAGGAGCGUCAAGUGUAAACGGUUGCGCUGCAAACGAAAGCGCUACUACCCUUUCAAUAAGCAAUGCUGCAACGGCAGAGUCAUCUCCAAACACGUGCCGUGCAAUCCUUUCCCAACGCAUUGUGGUGGGGUUAGCUAUGAUCCAACCUUUCAGAAGUGUUGUUCUACUCGGGUGGUGCCAAGACAUAUCCCCUGUUCGGCUGGAGUGCCUUGUGGACAUGCUUUCUACAAUCCUCGACGCCAACAAUGUUGUAAGGGACAAGUGCUCCCAAGAUUCAGACGAUGCAUUUCGUUCAAGUGUGGCGGACAUAACUAUAAUCCAAGGACUCAUCAAUGCUGCAACGGAGAAAUUUUCCCCAGGUUCCAGAGGUGUCCUGUCCCAGCUCCUCACCAUCAAUUUUGUGGGAGCAAUUACAUCAAUCCUUCUUUCCAACGAUGUUGCUUUGGAAACGUCGUGGCUCCCUUACGAUCAACAUGUCAUAGGUGUGGUGCCUCAUUGUUCAUUCCAUUCGGCUGCCGCUGUUGCCAUGGAACCAGAGUUGUUCCUACAUUUGUUCGGUGUGCUGCUCUUGGGUAAAGAAUCUCUUUAUCUCCAUCAGACUGUAUGGUUUUGUAUAUGUAUGUUAGGCACGUUUACUUCGAUAGGAUAGGUAAUUAAUGGCUAUUUCUUAAUUAAUUAAAGGAUUUUAAUACAAUUACAGUAAAAUUCACAUCAAAAAGACAAGCUUAAUAUCACCAUGUCUGGAGCUUAUUUAAGUUAUUUUAUGUUAUUUCAAAACACAAAGCACGAGCUGAAAACUAACAAAAACUGUUGAAACGUACGGUGUGGGAGGAGGGAGCUUAAAGAAGAAACUCUAAGGCGAUGAUACAUAUCAGGAUCCUCCGUUACAGCACUUAACUGUAAUAACGUUGCUGUCGACAGUAUUAUUGUUAAAGAUAUUCAUCUAAAAAUAAAUAUUAAAGAAAAGAA